UUUUGAAUAUCGACGAAAGAAAUUCUAAAGAAUACGAUAAGAAGGGCCAGUUUUUCUUAGAAAGUCCUUCCUUCCAAGAGAAACCCGUCUUGGCUGAUGACCCACGUGUUGCUUUACCGUAUUCCAUCAAAUCAAAAAAGACCAAAGAGUUAAAGCGAAGAAUAUUCUCCGAGAUUAAAAAAAACCAAAACUUUCGAUAUUACUAUAAUUGGCGCAAGUCUUUCUUCAGGACCAUGUUUUAUUACAGUCCAAGAAACGAUCGCACAAUUCAAAAUAUGAUCCCCUCAUCUAAUGCCAAUAGUUCGAGAGAACCUCAAAACGUAACAUCUGAAUCAAUAAACGACAAUCCUUGCAACAAUUUUUAUGACGCUUAUUCGGUAAAUUAUGGAUUACACUCGGGCGUCUAUCCUCAGUAUCCAAAUUUUUGUCCCGUAAUUACACCCGAAGGUACUAUCAGAAUUCAUCUCGACCACUAUAUUCAAGUUGAUAUUACUGUUGACAAAGCAGUUCGCGUGGUAAAUGUUCCGGGUAGAUGUGUGGCAGCCAUCGAUCACUCUGGUGAUAACAGUUGCAUCCUUCAUCCAUUUGGUAACAUCUUACAAGAAGGAAUAAUCAUCAACGUGGAUUUAUGGAAUCGUAUAGCGAAGUUUUCAAACCGUGGAAUUACUUUUACAUCUUUAGAGCAUAGUCUCGUGUAUUUAGUAGAUGAUUCCGGAACAAAAUCUACAGUAGAAUACUUUCGUCAUUUGGAUUACGAUUUAUCUUCUGAUGUCUUUUAUACAAAUUCCAAGUGUGGUACAGAAGCAAUAAAUAGUUGUGUCCUCGAAAUUAAAAAUUCCAUUCAUCAAUACCAGACAAAUGGUGAUCAGAUGUGGAUCAUUGCCGAUAUUUGUAUUCAACAAAAUAUAUUGGGAGACGUUUUCGUAAUGCGUGAUUUUGGUAGACGAUUCAUAUAUACUUCACCUUCGUUGGGUACAUUAUCCAUGUUAACACCUUUCGUUUACGUAAAUGUUGGAUAUAAUCCAGAGGAACAUAUCUUUGUGCAGAAGGGUAAGAAGAAUUUGAGGUCUUGCAUAAGACAUUUCAAAGUGAGAAAUGGAACGCAAAGAGCUGGAUUUGAUCGCAAGGGAAAAUUAAUUCUUAACUGAUUUGGAUUAUUAUUCACGAUGGUAUCUAAAUAAAAAAAAAAUUAUUAUUUACGAAUAUACAAAAUUGACGAUUUGUCAUGACAGUAUACUUCAGUUUUAAUUGUUUUUUUUUAAAUAAAAGUGUUGG